CUGCCCACGAUUUGACUCCACCGACAAAAUCUAAUCCAGUGUAAUAAUGGCAUGGGCAGAAAUAAAGCCAGUUUCAGGUGAGCCUGAGGAUUUAUAGUCUUAAAUAUCGUUCUUCUUUAAAACUAUCAGAUACAAUGUGUGGACCGUGUCAUGUGAGAAAGAAAAAUAAUCAGCCACUAUACUGGUGUAUGUCCUGUGAAGAAGGUUUGUGUGAAGAAUGUUGCGACCAUCAUAAAGCAAUAAAGGCAAUAAGAAAUCAUUCAGUUGUUCCCCUUGUGUGUGUCAAACCUCUAGAGCAAUUGAUUCCAUCUUUCAAAACAGAUUGUCCUAUUCAUGAUAAGCCGUUAGAACUUUAUUGUCCAUGCCAUGAAGAGCCUUGUUGUACCAAAUGUGCUUCACGAAGUCACCCAAACUGCAUAGGCAUAACACUGUUCCAUAGUUUUGUAAGUGAUUUGGAGAGAUCAGAUAAGCUUACCUAUCUUGACAAUGAUAUUGCAACUCUAUUGAAAAAUAUUGACUCAAUAAUUGAAAAUCGUCAAGUCAACUUGAAAGAAAUUUCUGAUCAGGGUAAAACAAAAUUUGACAUGUUUGCCGUUCUGAAAGAAGAAUUGCAAGAUCUGGAAAUCAAACUGCAGUCUAAAUAUCAAGGGUUGCAUGUGACUGCAAAUGCAGAAAUAGAAGCAGUUGUAGCAAAACUUCAGAAAAAGCGACAGAUGAUAAUAGACUAUAAAAAUAACUCAUCACAGCUUAGACAAAUUGGUGCAGAUACACAACUGUUUCAUGGAACCAAACCAUUAGAAAAAUUCAUAGAAGAAGAAAGGAAAGCUCUUAGUGAAAUUAUUAAGGAGCCAUCUAUGCAAGAGAUGAAAAUAAAAGCAAAAAUGAGUGACAAUUUUAAACAAAUUGUGUCUGAUUUAAUAGAUGUGACUAUAGAAAGGGACAAUUCUAAGGUUAUUCUGAAGGAUGUAGGGGGUAGUUUAACAUGCCAAAGUGUAAAAGAUAAUCAAGCAGAAGUAUCAGUUGUCCAAAAGACAAAGACUGAAUUUAACAAAUCAAGGUUUAAGGGCAAUACAAACAUUUCCUGCUUAGUAGCCUUACCAAGUGGUGAUAUAGCCGUUACAGGUUAUGACUCUGAGGAUCGACAACUUCUUAUAUCUGAUAUCACUGGGUCAGUAAAGAAAAGAAUAUGUUACCCUGAUAGACCAUUUGGAUUGACUGGAAUAAAUAAAGAAUUAUUUGCAGUCUCAUUUCCAGAAUUAUGGUGCAUAAAGAUUUACUGGCUAAAAACAUUCAAAGAAUUUACCGAAAUCCAGACAAAUGAAGAGUGUUGGGGUUUACAGUUUGAAGAUGGUAUAUUCAUAGCUGCCAUUAGAAAUGUUGAAAUUUUGUUUCUUGAUUUAUCUGGAAAUAUUCAAAAAACAUUUCCAAUGAAGCAAAAGAAUCUUGCUUAUGUUUCAAAAAGAAAAGGGAGACAUUUUCGUACAGAGUUUCAAAACCAUAGUGUGCAUUGCUAUAGUUCUACUAAUGGGAGAAAAGAGUGGCAAUUUUCUCAUCCGUCAGUACUUGGUCCACGUAACAUGUGUUUUGACGCUGAAGGCAAUUUGUUUGUAGCAUGUCAAGAUUCUAACUGUGUAAUUCUUAUUUCUAGUGAUGGUGAACAUUUCAAAAGAGUUGUUGAAAUGAGUUGUGCAAAGUGUAUUUACUUUGAUGUGAAAAAGUCCAUUCUUUUUGUUUGUAGUGUCAAUGGAAAAGAAAUGGCUUCAUUCAUUAUUCCGAAGUGCUUUUGUUCUUUUUAAGAACUAUAAAUAGAAAUGAUACUCGAAAGAAUUAAAAAUUGAAUGAUUUAAAUGAUCUGUCACUACACCAUAAAGACAUCUACCAUUUGUAUAGUUGAUUAUGAUUGAAAGUUCAUAGU